CGUCGUCACACUGCUGAUAAACUCGCACAACAUUUAUCUGGAUAUUUCAAUCAUCCUUGGACACACAAUGUGCAGAGGACUAGCAGCACUGCCAAAUAACUGCCUGGAAAGGGCUAAAGGGUUAAAAGCACGCAUGAGCAGCUUUCUGCAGAAGCAUGACUGGAAGAUUCUGUGCUAUGCUUACAAGCUUAGAAAACCAAGACUGACCUUGGAGGAAUGCUUGAUGUGGAAGGAGUCUUUUGAAAAUCUGUUAUGUAGCAAACAUGGACUGUAUGCCUUUAGAGCUUUCCUGGUGUCUGAAUUUAGCGAGGAGAACAUCGCCUUCUACCUGGCUUGCAAGGAUUACAAAAACACAAAGUCCGAACCCAAACUACACGCCAAAGCUCAGAGGAUUUACAAUGAGUUCAUUGGAAGUAAAGCUCCAAGAGAGGUGAACAUAGACCACGAGACUCGAGACAUUACCCAAGCCAACGUCAAAUACCCUACAGCAACCUCCUUCGAUCAAGCACAGUAUCUGAUCUACAUCCUCAUGGAAAAGGACUGCUACCCACGAUUCCUGCGCUCCAGUGCUUACCGUGACCUGGUGAGCCAGCUAACCAAAAAGAAAGCCAAAGCUGCUACCAAAAAAGCCUGAGCAGCUUAGAAGCUAAAGGGAAAAAAAGAUGAAAUGCUGAAACUCUAAUGGACAGGAGUCCAGCCCUUUUUUUAGAUGGCCCCUGUGCUGUUCCUGAUUUAGGAAAGCAGGACUGUGAUUGGGGAAGAAGUAAAAGAAGAUGGUGGCUUCUGACCAUAAAUCGUAGCAGCCUAGAUUGGGAGAAGACUUUCACAUUGUGUCCUGUUAUUAGGAAGAAAGAGAAAGCCAUGGAUAAGGACUUUGGUAGCACCGCCACCAUUACCACAAGAAACAUUCCAGGAGCAAUCAUCAACAUUUUGGAUAUGCAAACAAGCAUAAGCCCAUUAAAUAUUUUGUAUUUUGUAUACACUCACAUCCCGAUAAGAAGGCGAAUUCAAUGCCGAUUAUUUAUUUAUUACUGAUGCAUUUAUUUAUUGAUCUUCAAUCUAAUAAAACUGUAUUUCAUAAAAAAAAAAAAUCUGAGGAUGUGUGCAAUGUUUUUUGUUGUGUUGUUGUUGAAUGGCUGUACUUUCUGAAGUGAUGAUGUAAAUAAAUAUGUACAUACAGA